AUGGAAACAGUGUUAGACCCUUCCAGAGAUGACCUUCCUCUCACUGCCAAUACUAACCACAUACUAGUAAAGCACUAUGAAUUGGAUUUGGAUGUGGAUUUUGAGAACCAUGUUAUAGAAGGUGCCAUCAUCAUCUUCCUUGAGCCUGGAAGUGGAUACAGGGACCCAAGUGGUGCUGAUGAAGGAUCCGGCCAGUCAGAGUCCAGUGAAUCUUGCGAAGUUGAAACAUCUGUGCCGUGCCAUAUUCCUGUGACAAAUCCAGGUGCUUUCUCAUUCAAAAUGAGAUCUAAUGAUAUUGCUGACAGUGAUAAAAGUGAAAAAGACACUUCUGAUAAAAAUGGUAAUCAUGGCAGCAUGGAACAGACUUAUGGGAUUUUUAGUUCAGAGAACUAUUGCAAUCCAGAGAAUCAUGGAAUUGAGGAUUUUUUACUUAUACUAGACUGCUGUGAUUUAUCUGUGUUAAAAGUCGAGGAGGUAGAUGCUACUGCUGUGCCGGGUAUUGAAAGAUUUACAAGGUCUGCCAAGUUCACUAAUGUUUCCAGGGAGCUCAGAAAUCAGAUUGUACAUGAACUUGUGACUCUACCUGCAUAUUGUUGGAAAGAACAGUUAUAUUAUUAUGCUCGCUGCAGCCAGGCUCCUGGCUGUGGAGAACUCCUGUUCACCUCUAGCACCUGGAGCUUACAAAUCAGGAAAAUGGGGGUUAAGACAGCCACUGACUUUCCUCACAUCAUAAGAAUAUGGUACAAAACAAAGCCUGAGGGGAGAUCAAUUACAUGGACCACAGACCAGAGUGGCAGGCCAUGUGUUUAUACUAUGGGAUCCCCAAUAAACAACAGGGCCCUUUUUCCAUGCCAGGAGCCACCAGUUGCCAUGUCAACAUGGCAGGCUACAGUCCGAGCAGCUGCAUCUUUUGUUGUUUUAAUGAGUGGGGAAAAUUCUGCCAAGCCAACACAGCUUCAGGAAGGACGCUUGAGUUGGACUUACUAUGUAACAAUGCCAAUGCCAGCAUCUACCUUCACAAUUGCAGUUGGGUCCUGGAAAGAAGUAAAGCCAGAAUCCUGUUCAUUGAAUGAACUGUCAACUGUGACAUCUUUUCCACCGUCCAAGGCAGACUACAGGUUGGUGCUUGAGUGUGCCAAAUGGAUAUGUGGUCACGUGGAAUACCCCUGCCGCUUUCAGAAUCCUAGUACUGCCUCUCAAGCAGUUAUUCCUUAUCGAGUAUUUGCCCCAGAGUGUCUUCAACACUGCUGUGAAGAGAAUCUGCUUCAGCUGAUUCCUCAAUGCCUCUCAUCUGCACAUUCAACCUUGGGAACUCAUCCUUUCACCAGGCUUGAUGUGCUAAUUGUUCCUGCCAAUUUUGCAAGUCUGGGGAUGGCCAGCCCACACAUCAUCUUCCUGUCUCAGAGUGUCUUACCUGGAGGGACCAAUCUCUGUGGAACACGCCUUUGCCAUGAAAUUGCUCAUGCUUGGUUUGGUUUAGCCAUUGGGGCUCGAGAUUGGACUGAAGAAUGGUUAAGUGAAGGGUUUGCCACACAUUUGGAAGAUGUAUUUUGGAUUGAAGCCCAAAAGCUGUCACGUGAUGAGGCUAAAGAGCAGCUAGAGUUGAAGGCUUUGCUCCGCUGGCGGAGACUUCGAGAUGAAGUACAAAACUCCACAGAAGAGAUGCAAGUGUUAAGACCUAAUAAAGAUGAAACGGGACAAGUGAGUGAGUCUGGCGCUUCGGUGGUCAAAUAUGGACUUAAGCCAGAAAAGAUCUUCAUGCAAGUUCAUUAUCUGAAGGGCUAUUUUCUUCUGCGGUUUCUAGCCAGUAGGCUUGGAGAAGAAACUUAUUUAUCAUUUUUAAGAAAAUUCGUUCACAAAUUUCAUGGACAACUAAUUCUUUCUCAGGAUUUUCUUCAUAUGCUGCUGGAAGAUAUCUCAGAAGAAGAACGGCUUGGGCUAUCUGUGGAAGAUAUCUUUCAGAACUGGCUUGAUACUUCUGGAAUACCAAAGCCAUUGCAAGGAGAAACUCAGACUUGGGCGGAGAGUCGGCUCGUUCAGCAAGUAAAUGAUGAGGUCACAAAAUGGAUCCGGGCAAAUCUGAGAGCCAGGAAAAGAAGAAGAAGGGAGAAUGAAGAAGUUUUUGAAAAGCUUCUUCCAGACCAGCUGGUCUUACUUCUGGAGUCUCUGCUUGAGGAGAAGACAUUAUGUCCCAGAAUUCUGCAGAGCCUAGAGAAAAAGUACCACCUCCGGGAGCAGGAUGCAGAGGUUCGACAUCGUUGGUGUGAACUUGUCAUUAAACACAAAUACACCAAAGCAUAUGAAGACGUUGAGAGAUUUCUUCAGGAGGAUCAGGCUAUGGGUGUAUAUCUCUAUGGAGAGUUGAUGGUGAGUGAGAAUGCAAAACAACAACAGCUUGCUCACAAGUGCUUUGAGAUGACCAAGGAACACAUGGAUAUAUCUUCAGCCAAGGUGGUGGCAGAGAUGUUAUUUUAAAGAGUGGCUAAGUUCUGCACCUGAAGAGAAGGUGAGAUGGGAACAUCCGUGGGCGCCGCGGCGAUCAGAACCGGCCCUGCUCUAAGACACUUGCCAGGUGUGAAGUCCCUGCGCAUGCCCGAAGGACAGAAAGAGGAGCCCAGAAGCUGCCCAUGGGAGAGCGUGCUUGGCUUGGUCAGGGGCUCAGCUUAGAUCUUAGAAAGCCUCGCUUAAUGUUGGCCAGAAGCGGGCAAGAAGAAGCAUCAAGAUGGAAACUCCAGAACCCUUAGAAAGCCAUGGAGCGCGAUUGGGAGGGCUUGUUUCAACUGAACAUAUAGAAAAAGAAACUCCACACACAAGUGUACAUAUAAGCUUACACACAGGACCUCAUUGUGAGAGCCCCGGCUUACUCCACACAACAUGCCCACUCCAGAGUAUUGCGUGCCAUCUGCCAUGACAAUCCCUAUGCAGACAUUCAAGCAUCUGGUAAAACCUGCUGAAAAGUACUGGUUCCUUCAACAUAUGGGACUGAAUAGAUAUAGUUUGGAAUUUCCAGAAAGCACAUGGUUUCUAUCUAGUGGGGCCAGCCAGUAGGCAGAUGUAUUUGGUAUUCUUCCUUCAUGACCUUUCAGCCAAUCAUUCCUGAAUUGUUUGUUUUCUAUAAAAUUUUGUUCUGAAUUUUUCAUAAUAUUUUUAAUGGGUUACUCAGAUACAUAGAACGAGACUUAAGUGAACUCCAGAUAACAUAUAUACAUAAUAUAGAUAGAUAGAUAGAUAGAUAGAUAGAUAGAUAGAUAGAUAGAUAGAUAGAUAGAAUUUGUUCACUCAUUAGGUAGCUGUUUUACCAAAAAAAGUAAAAUAUCUCUUAAGAUGUUUCUUUGAAAUAUUACUGUCUAACUCUCAAAUAAAAAGGACUUAGUAGCUUAUUUAAAAUAACUAUAUGGAAAGGGAAAGAAUUUCUUCUAAAUUCAUAAGGAUUCCAAUCAGGUAGUAGCACAUUUCUGUGGGAAGAGAGAAAGGAGUGAUUUAAUGCAAAAAGAGCAGUUUCCCUCUCUUGCCUAGGGAAGGACAAGCCAACAGAACUUGCCCUGGGACUAUUGAAUAGACUUUUGGUGCUUUGAAUAUGCUGUGGGAUAUCUUGAGCCCCAGAGCAGAAAUGGAAAGCUGAACCUCAAAAAGAGGAAAUCAGAUAUUUGUUCUAAGAGUCUAGAAGUUGUUAGAGGCCCCUUACUUCCAGGUCUAUCAACCAGUCAUAUGAUGUCUUGCUUUAGUAGCAAAUUUUCCCAUACUCCUCAAAAGACGAGUUUCCUUCAAAAAUUUGCCCUAUUGAGCUUUACAAAUAACUAUAUGUGUUUUUACCUUGUGAAAAUGUCUUUAAAUAUCUUAUGCCACAAUAAUAGGGAAAGUGUAUAAAUUAGACUUUUAUACAAUUUUUUUAAUAAAGAAAAUCUACUUUUUUUAAGAUUACAACAGAAUAAACCUUUUUUUUUCCCCUGCAGUAUCGUGUGUCUAAUUGACUCUGAUGUGAAAUAAGGAAGGGGGUACAAUGGCUGUGUUUGUAUGAAGCAAAGAUAACUUAUAUUUAACAUCACAUUUUUUUGGCAGUUUUUCCACAGUGUAUUGAACCCAAAUCAGCACUUACCUCAGAUGGAAUGGUAGAAACUUAAACACCCCAGUGUUUUCUUUCCAGAAAUCAAAGCCAAAACUUUCUUUAUGUCCCAAUCAUUAAGGCAGAUUCCUGCUGGUGAUUCAGUAGGAUUGUAUACAGGGAUUUUUUUAAAUCUCCUUUCUCUUUAAUGCCAUGCCUCACCAAAGUCCCCAAACUUGCUUUUAAUUACCUGGGUUAUGGCCAGUCAGCAACUUGAAAGUUCAGUCUUUUAGACUCAGUAAGGAUUAGAAGAUAGUUCCCUGCCCUGCUGAGCCAGCUCCUGCACUGGUUACCAGAGUAGUUGUACCAUCAAAUGGACUUACAGACUGCUAUUCAUUAGAGUUUUAUGCCCCAUUUCACAUGUUUUCCCAGAGGUUAUGGGGAGUACAGCUUUGCUACUUUUUCUUUGUAUAAAUAGAAAAAACAGAAAAGCUUCCAGUUCUAAAUACUAGGAAGGGAUUCACGGAGAUUCCCUAGAUUCUAUGGCCACCUUGUUAUACUAAGGAUUUUCUUGGAGGCAAAAAAGAAGACAAGACUUUUAAAAAAAACAACUUUCAAAUUGUAUCUAGUAGGGUGGGACCAUUUCCUUGCCCUUUGGGCUAGGAAUUUUUUAUUUUACUUAACAACUUGUUUUUAAACUUUUAUUGCCAAUAAAAGUUAUAUCUUUCAUUGUUUAAAAAAAAGUAUUCAGCAAUAAUUACAAUAGAGAGGCCAACACCCAAAGAAUAACCUUAAAAAUUAUGGAAAAUAGCUUGGCUCAAAAAUGAGCAAAGGUUCAUUCUUGUGUCCUUCAUAAGUCUAUAGCUUAGCUCUAAACCAUCUUGAUAAAUAUGAGUUUCUCAUAGCAAGCAUUAAUGUCAUCAGAAUCAUGCCAGGUCCAAUGAUUGUAGAGUUAGAAAAGAACUUAGGUUAUCAUCUAGUCCAGUAGUUCUUAAUUGUUUUGUGUAUCAAUCUAGAAUAGCUUUCCCUUUUUUUCCCCCUUUUUACCACAUUUGUAUUAUAUUGUGGAACAGAAUUUGUUUCUUUUACAUCAAAUAUCUUCAGCAGAAGAGGGGAUAUUGCACACAAAUAUAAAACCACUACAUAUUACUGUCAUAAAAAAACCAAUGUUCUACACUGGAUAUGACUGGAUAGAACAGAAGUGAUAAGAGCCUGACAUAAAUACUAUUCAUAACAAGAGAGGGGUAUGUAAGCUGCUUCCUGGCACAACUCAGCAACUUUCUUCCCUCAAGUAGCAAAGGCAGCAGCAUGCAAAUAGACACCUUGCCAGAACCUUCCAGGAAAUAACCUGGAAUCUCUUUUGAAGAGAUUGAUAACUUUUAAGGAAACAUAGUAUUGGCAUCUUCCACUUAGAAAUAAACCAUCAAAUGAAAAACCAUUGGUAACUUUCUUUGGAAUGAAUAGUUUAUGGUUGGAAAUUAAAGACUGGUUGAUUGGGCUAGCAGGGAUUCUUUAUUAAUGGUAUCAUUUUAUUUUUAAAGAUAUUUUAUUUUCCCAAUUACAUGUAACAACAAUUUUCCACAUAUGUUUUCUGAA